UUCUUGUUCGGGGAAUUCCAAUUCCAAGAAGUGGGAAAAUCUAAUCUACCUACAUAAAAUGUGACUGCGCUUACUGCACCGCAUUAUUUUAGCUUUUCUGUAUCAGUUGAUGUGGGUUGAUGUUUAAAGAUUACAUUUCAAUGUGGGUCUUGUGAUUGAAAAGUUUGUCAGGUUUGAGAUUCAUAAAAAUAACCAAUAAAAUGGAGGAAACAAAUAAGAAAGGUAACAGAAUCUUCUGUGAAGUAUGUGGUGUAGUGGAUGAGUUUUACGAUGAGAAUGCUGAGGUGUUCCAUGAUAACACCCCAAAACAUAUCUGCAACACAAUUCUCUAUGACUGUAAGAAAAAUAAAAAAAGCUUCAGCAAGAAUAGAGAUGGAAUUAUUAUCUAUGGCUCGGCUCAAAGUCAAGCGCAUGGCAAUGCUGUCACUGACAACGUCGAAAAAAGCGACCAUCAGAAAAUCAGAAUCAAUGUGAAGCCUGGGCAAUCGGCAAGGUUCUCGUUCAGUAUGGCCAACGACAUGCGUAAUGAAGAUGUGCUUGUGGUGGGGAUAUUGAUGGCUCAUCCUCAGCCCAAUUUUGUGGCUAAUGACCACCCUUAUGUGUUUGGGGAGGAACCGCACACCUUGGCUAAAAAACAGAGCAUCCCAAAUGCAGUGGCGAUAGAUUUCAUGGCCUCUGAUAUAGGACAGUAUGAAAUGCCUGUUAUAUUUACUUUCUUCAAACCUAGUGAGGAAAGGAGUUUAAUUUUCAUGCGCGAAAUGGUGGUUUAUGUCCAAGAAAACCCAUUAUCAUACAUUCCAACUAGGAGUCCAUAUAACAGCGAGCAUUGGGCUAAGCCAGAUCAUUUCAUCAGAUCUACCAAUGUGAUUCAACAACAAAUGUUCAAAGUACCGAAACUCCUUAAAAUCCUCUUCCCUCGAGGUUUGAACGAGGACUCGUUGGAAGGACUUCAUCUGCCCCGUGAGGAGCUCAACCAACUGAGAGUGGUACUCAUUGACACCAGAGCUAUUCUUGAAGAAGGAAUUACCAAAGAAAAUUAUAUGAUAUAUUUCCAUCAUUUACUUUGGUGGGAAGAAGUUAUUGAGAGAAUUAAUUUGAGAAAAUACAACAUGACUAUGGUGAAGCUGGAGAAAGUGGGAGACUUGUAUAUGUUGGAAGUUCCUGGAUUAGCGGAAAAGCGGCCAUCUUUAUUGCGUGGCGAUCGAGUAGUAAUACGCCCCGUAGAAAACACCACGGUUCAUUUCGAAAGCUACAUCAAGAGUUUGGAAGACUGCAAAAUUCACUUGGCUGGAUUUGAUGACAACUUCCACAGCCACUUCAGCCCGGACGCGGACUUCGACGUGCGCUUCCUGAUGUCCCGCGUGCCGCUGGAGAGGAUGCACGAGGCCGUGUCCAAGCUGCACUCCAGCAAGCAGGUCUGCCGCGUCUUCCCCGUGCCCAACAACAAGCCCGUCAAACUGAAGACUAUAGACAGAUUCUACAACAAGCUGAUAAAAGACAACUCUGAGCAGCGGUCGGCGGUGCAGCACAUAGUGUCGGGCACGGCGGGCAAGGCGCCCUACAUCGUGUUCGGGCCGCCCGGCACCGGCAAGACCAUGACCAUCGUGGAGGCCAUCAUACAGAUAGUGGUGAGCAACCCGCGCAACCGCGUGAUGGUGUGCACGGACUCCAACAUGGCGGCCGACCACAUCGCCGUCAUGCUGCUGCACUACAACAAGACCCUCAACAUCACCAACUAUCUGCUAAGAGCCAACUCACAGUCCAGGGAAUGGUCAGUGAUGCCGCCGGUGCUGGCGCCCGUGUCCAACGGGACCAGCUAUGAGAACUUCUAUUCUGUCAGCAAUGUACAGAUGGCCUCGUACAGGAUCGUCAUCACUACGCUCUCGCACGCCGCCAAAUACGCUUCACCCCGAAACCAAACAUCCCAUAAGGUGCAAAUGACUCACCUGUUCAUCGACGAAGCUGCGCAAGCGUCGGAGCCGGCGACGCUGGUGCCGAUCUGCGGGCUGCUGGCGCCCAGCGGCAAGCUGGUGCUGGCCGGCGACCCCCAGCAGCUGGGGCCCGUCUGCAUCUCCAGGGAGGCCCAGCACAGGGGGCUGGGCACUUCUCUGUUGGAGCGACUGCAUCGAACAUAUAAGAACCUUUACUCUAAUGACAAUAAUUAUAUCACGAUGCUCAUCAAAAACUUCCGUUCCGACCCCGACAUCCUCGCCAUUCCUAACCGCCUCUUCUACAACGAUAACUUGGUGGCGCAGGCGGAGCGCGACGCGCUGAGCGCGCUGGGCGUGCUGGGCGGCGCUCGCGGCCGCCGCGCGCUGCUGUUCCACGCCGUGCACUCCGUCGAGCAGCGCAUGGGCAACGCGCCCAGUUACUUCAAUGAGCGCGAGCUGGACAUGGUGAAGAGAUAUAUCAAGGCGCUGGUGACGCAGCACCAGGUGCUACCCGAGGACAUCGGCGUCAUCGCGCCUUACAUCCGGCAGGUGUACAAAGUCAAAGGCUGGCUGACAAACGAGAACUACGAGAAGAUCGAAGUGGGCACGGUGGAGUCGUUCCAGGGCAAGGAGAAGCGCGUCAUCAUCGUGACCACCGUCCGCGCCAACUGCAAGCUGCUGGACUACGACGCCAAGUACAGCCUCGGCUUCCUCGUCGAUGAUAAGAGAUUCAACGUAACCCUGACCAGAGCGAAGGCCAAGCUGAUUAUAAUCGGCAACCCAGCGUGCCUCGUGCGCGACCGCAAGUGGCGCGAGUACAUGGACCUCUGUCGCGAGUACGACUGCUACUUCGGAGAGGAGUCGCAGCAGCUGGAGAGAACUGCUGCCUUGCAUCUCGAGGUCAAGUCCAGGUUGAACAAAGCUCGGAUCUUGGAAACUCUAAACAUGAUGAAAGAAGAAAAGAAUAAAAAAGAUAAGAAAAAUAAGAAAAAGAAUAUCGUUUAGUUUUAAGGGUUUAAGGCGUGUUGAAUGGAGUGGAUCGGGCGGAACUAUCAUCUGUUCCGCCACUCAAUAAUAAGCAAUUUACAUACUACCCUGCCGAGUUCACUCUGGACCUGACGUCUAGUGCAACGUCUUGUGCAACUAAAAUAUGAUGACAGGAAUCGGCGUCCGACUAACCGUACUGAAGCAACGCAACUUGUUGCAAACGUUUGUUAUAACUAAUCAAUUAACCGAAUUUACAUUUCAAGAUAAAGACUGGCCAUAGAGCGUCAUUAUUAAUAAUUAAGUACAUAAAGUCACCCUCAUGCUGUCUACCAAAUGUUAUGAUAAAAUUAAUUACUAUAAGAGAAUAGUACGUAAAUGAAUACCUAAUUCAUAUUACAGGGUUCAAUAAUUUCGUAAAAAAUAUAAGUUGUUGGCAUUUAAAGGGUAGUAAGGUACAUACCUUGUUAAUCUUUUUUAGUUAUUUUUAUUAGUGUUACGAACUAUUUGUGAUACUUAUUCCUAAUAGUGCACCCGUUAAUUAGGGUUUUGUAUUACAUUUUACUAUACAUUAUUGUUAUUGGACAUUAGAUUUAUGGCACAUAUAUUUUUUUAAUGUUAUAAAAUAAACAAUCGUGAAACAUCGAAAGCAUUAAAUACAUUUGUAUUUUGUUUAGACGAUGAAAGCUCAGCUUUCAGAAAUUCCCAUUUCUUGUAUUAGUAUUAAACUUCUCUUUAUUAAAAAUGUAUUGAAUCAAUAUGAUUUAUGAGGAUUUUGAGACUUGAAAAGACUUUUUGUCACAUGUCAGAUAGUCCAUUUAUUGUUAGUUAUAGAUCUUUGUUUUUUGUGGUAUAGUGUUGUUAUGUUAAGUACAGUGGUCACCUGUUCUGUAAUAGAAAAUGGUUCAGGUAUGAUGCCUACCUAGGCAACUUUGAUGACUUUAAUAUCUAUCUAUACAGGUGACUUUUUAUACAUUGUCAAUAUUUUGUCUACAUGCUCAGUUCAUGAUUCUGAACAACUUAUAGUAUGGAAGUAACUCCGAAAUCGCAAAAAAAACAGCUGUUCUAUACAAAAUUUGAUAGCUAACUUUGAGUAACGAUGUGUCUCAUUUCGAAUUGAUUCGAUAGUGAGAAGUGAAAUGCUAACCCGCACUUCGCCCACAGUACCAUGGACUGAGCAUGUAGAAAAAAUAAUGCCAAUGUAUAAGAAAUCACUGUUGAUCAACAAAUGACCUUCGCAAAAUAUAGCUCAACCGCUUGAGUCCUCGUCCACAGUAUGCAGAGGGGCGGGGGCAGACGACGAUGGGAAUCACACCCUCUUAUACCCUUGCGCCUCUGUCGGUCUGCCUAUUAUUCUAUUGAUUGGUUCGCUGAUUUGACAUCGUUUUAAAAUAGUUUAUUAAAUAUUUUUAUGAAGACUACGACAAUGAGGUUGCACAAAGAAUUUAAAUUAUAUUAUAUAACUAUAUUGUUAGAUCGUACUAUUUUUAUAAUUUCAUAUCGAAAUUGUUACAUACAAAUAUUACGUUUGGUUAUUAGAAUUUAAGUGAAGUGAUAAUAAAGUGAUACAUUUGUAUAAAA